AUGGCCAACGAAAAUGCCGACGUUUCCAGUCAGGCCAGUCAAAACCCCGUUGAUCGCCCGGCGCCUCAACAUCCCCGACCAGCUCGUUAUGCCUCAACGCCCUCGUACGAAAGUCCACAGAGACACUACCGCCGAAAUCCCAUAGUUAGACGGCCGGUCAAGGUUGCUACACUCUUCCCCAGCUCCCUUCAGGAUGAUGGUACUGCCGAACACAGAAUCAACCAGUAUUGGAUUAAACAGGAAAUUGGCAGAGGCUCGUUUGGAGCUGUGCACCUCGCUAUUGACCAGUUUGGAAAUGAAUUCGCCGUCAAAGAAUUCUCCAAAGCGCGUUUGAGAAAGCGUGCCCAGUCCCACCUUUUGCGCAGACCUAGAAUCCCCAAAACUUCGUCAGACGGCUUCAACUCUCCCCUCCAUCGCCGUCCGAUGGGAUUGGACAACGACCUAAGAGGAAACGCCCUGUACCUCAUCAAGGAAGAGAUAGCUAUCAUGAAGAAGCUGCAUCAUAACAACCUUGUGUCCUUAAUAGAAGUCUUAGACGACCCAACCGAAGACUCCCUGUAUAUGGUCAUGGAGAUGUGUAAAAAGGGUGUGAUUAUGAAGGUCGGGCUCGAAGAAAGGGCCGACCCUUAUGAGGAUGGGUUGUGCCGUUGUUGGUUCCGCGACUUGAUUCUAGGCAUUGAGUAUUUACAUGCGCAGGGAAUUGUGCACCGCGACAUCAAGCCGGAUAACUGCCUAGUAACGAGCGACGAUGUCCUCAAGGUUGUCGAUUUUGGCGUGUCCGAAAUGUUUGAGAAGGAUUCGGAUAUGUUCACGGCAAAGUCAGCAGGCUCUCCGGCUUUCCUGCCCCCCGAGCUAUGUGUCGUUAAACAUGGCGAUGUAUCCGGCAAGGCGGCUGACAUAUGGUCCAUGGGAGUCACGCUAUACUGUCUUCGAUACGGCAAAUUGCCGUUCGAGAAACAAAGUAUUUUCGAGCUUUAUGAUGCUAUCAAGAAUGACCCCAUCGCGUGUGAAGGCGAAACCGAUGACAAUUUCAAGAAUUUGAUGACACGGAUCCUGGAAAAAGAUCCGGCGAAGAGAAUUACCAUGGAUGAGCUUCGAGCACAUCCUUGGGUAACAAGAGACGGACUAGACCCUCUGUUGUCAGAGAGUGAGAACACUGCCGAAAUCAUCGGGCUUCCCACGGAAGAGGAAAUGAAUUCGGCCAUUACGAAGAACAUCGGGCAUGUUUUGGCCGUGAUGAAAGCUGUCAAGAAUUUCAAAAGGUUGAUAGACCCAGCCAAGGCAGAGCCGCCCAUGCAGAGUAUCCUCGGACAGGAGUAUGAAUCACAUUUCGUUCAACCACCUCUUGAGAUGGAACCGGAGGAAGACUUUCCAAUGGAAACCGUGCCAGAAUUCAAUAAGAGCCAGAGCUUGAACACCUAUGACCGAAGAGGUCAGGAGCUUGAUAACGUCCUCCAAGGAUAUCAUCAGCAGCGUGAAGGGUUGCCUCUUAACCGGCCGCUGGAUAGUGGCAGCCAAACGAAUCCUUCCGGUGACGUCAGCACAAAUACCAGGAGUGCCGUGGCUGAGACCAAGGACGCAAGUUCUGUACGGGGUGGUAACAUUCGUGACGAACCCGGAGACGAUAUGCAGCCAUCCGUCCCUCAGUCCCCAUCGACACAUGUCUCUUUGUCUCGAGCUAGCUCGGCGACGACCAAACGCAGCGUUGAGGGGACACGUGGGCAUGCUCGAGACCCACUGGAGGAGGAAUUUCCAUUCUUGUGCAUUGGGCCAUCUACAUAUACCGGUCCAGCACAGCCAGACGCCGACGGUGACACCGAUAUGGAGUACGUCUGUGACGAACCGGAAAAUAUCUCUGACACCGAAGCCGAGCCGAUUGUGAGCGAGUCCCCUGGUGCUGCCGAAUUUGAUAUCUACGAAACUGCGUACCGGCAGGAAAUCGAACGUAUACGCAAACGCGACGUUCCUCGUCAGGGGUCCGCGCCCAAGGUGUACCUGACUCGCCGCGUGGAGGGCAGGGACGACAUGACAAAACUGGUGCAACAAGAAGAGGGUUCCGGCACGAUACCCAGGGUCGGCAAGAGAAUCGCCGUACCCUCGGGCCCAAGCCUGAGUUUUGCAGUCAGUGCCAUUCGAGCCCAGCUCGACCAGCAGCGCCAACAGCAGCAGCAAGAACAACCACCCCCACCAUCAAAGGCAGCAGAUUCCCACCCCGGCCACAAGUCUCCGCCUCCUUUAUCUCCAUCUCAAGUCUCAGAGUCUACAACCUCAUCGGUCGCAGCCACAGGUGUCUCAGCUGCAGAGUCCUCAUCACCGGAGAACUCCCGGACUAAAUUGCGUUCUCUGCUUGAUCGUGUAAGAGGGGGGCAAUAA